AUGCAGAACGACGCCGGGGAGUUUGUGGAUCUCUACGUUCCUCGGAAAUGCUCUGCUAGCAACCGAAUAAUUGGUGCAAAGGAUCAUGCUUCUAUUCAGAUAAAUAUUUCUGAGGUCGACAAGGUAACAGGCAGAGUAAAUGGCCAGUUUAAAACAUAUGCCAUUUGUGGAGCAAUUCGUAGAAUGGGUGAAUCCGAUGACUCCAUUCUACGUCUGGCAAAAAGAUGGAAUUGUUUCCAAGAACUUCUAACUGAAGAAACUCUGGUAUGGAACAUCUGA